AAGAAUUUCAACAUGGCAGACGGAGCAGUGCAUGAAGAUUUCUUGAAGUUCACACUGGUCCAUGGUAAUGAAAACAAACACCUAAUGCAGUUAUUCCAGUGGUAAAUUCGGUAAUGAAUCAGCUCUAAGCGUUAUUGGUUUUUUUUCAGGGUCAAAUAAAUACCCGGUUGAGUUACAGACGGAUAGCAGCAAUGACGGACCUACAGUUGAAGAUUUAGCAAACCUUGCAGCUCGACUCACCGAUGUACCUAGAGGAUCACAGAGGCUCAUUUUUAAAGGUGAGUGGCGUUGAAGAGAAGCUGAAUUGCGCCCUGUCACUAUACGGUGGAUUAUUCUUGCUUAUGAUCCAUCCCAACAAAUAUUUUUGCUCACGCACGAUUGGUCUAAACACAUUACGUGACCGAAUAUUCCCUACACUAAGACCGGAGGAUAUCCGAGGAUAUCACUCAAUUUUCAAAUCUCAUGUCCACUAUAUGCUUAUGUUCGUGCCAAAUAGAUGACACUGUUUCGAAUAACAUAGUGUGAAUCAGGUAGUUGAAAGCUAUACGGCCCUGCACAAUAAGAGCUGAAAGUAACGAACUACUUAGCUCAUUUCUUAACUCUUUGACCCUUUUGAGUGAUUAGUAUCUAAUUUCUCCUUACAACAUCACCCCUGAAUCAAACAUCCAGGUCACAAGAAUAAAACAAAUAAUCACCAACUUAAGAAACUCUGGAUUUUUAAACAAAUUCUCCUUGUCAGCACCUUCGGAAAUGUAUAGAGAACAGUAUAGAGAAUAUGCUUACUGAUAUUAUGGUGUCAAGGGUUAAAACUUUAUACUAUGAAAAAUGUUUGAGUUUGGUUUCUUUGUUUUAGGGCAGUCAUUGACAGAUCUCGGUCAAACACUAAAAUCUCUGAGAGUGAAGAAUGGAAGUAAAGUUAUGUUAAUCGGCAAAAAGGUCAGUCUAGUUUGGAUACUGAAGUAAUUUUCAUUUGGGUGUCUAAAAAAUUAAUAAUCUGUGAUUGCUUUAAUGUUGCUGCAUUUCGUUGUGAGUUUUUUGUUAUACACUUGUGCCAAAUUCAAUAUAAAAUGAAAAGUCAUUGUGACUUAGUUACUGUACUGCUUAUAUGUAAGCUGACAGUUCCAACUCCAAACUAGAUCAUCAAUCCUUAAAACUUUUGAGAAUUUAAGAAUAGAGAAUUGAGACCAGAGGAUCUAGGCCUGAGAUGCUUGAGGAGUGUUGAUUUCAAGGAUCUUGCUCUUCAGCUUCAUGGAAGCAAUUUUGUUCUUGCACAUGGAGCAAUUUUCCCUGUGUUGCAUAUAGUUUGCAUGUUUUACUCUGAAUCCUUAUUACCUUCUUGUGAUAUUAUCCUGAACUCUGAUUUGCCAUUUUAAAUACUUAUGGUUUGGUUUUACAACUGACACCCAAUUUAAAUGCACUCUACUAGCAGGGUUCAUAUGUAUCCUGUAGACCUGGAAAAUUGUGGAAUUUUAUUUUGUCACUUUCCAGGACUGGAAAGUCCUGGAAAAAGACUACAGUAAUGGAAAGUCCUGGAAAUUUGCUCAAAUCAAGCUAUAAAAUUUUAAGGAUUUACAAAAAAAUGUUUUCAGAUGGCAAGGAGAAUUGAUUUACGAAUGUUGGGAAUGAAAGGGUAUAUGGUGAAAUUGAAGCCUUGGAAGAAUCAAUCUGAGUCAUAGAAACGUCCUUGAAAUUUGUUUCUGGAAAAGGGUUGGAACCCUGUAUUAGUAGGAAACUCAAGGAGAAGUUGAUUGCCUUCAGCAUGCACUGAAAAUGAUUUUUUUUUUCCUCUGUGAAGUUUAAUCCUUUAGAAGAAGAGAAUAUGAAAGCUGUAUUAGCUGCUGAAAAGAAGGCUGAUGAUAUAGAGAAAAGACUUACUGAGAAUGUGGAAGAACUCCAAGGAGUAGAAAAGGUUAUAUAAUUGGUUUACUUUUUUAAAAGAUGAAUUCAAUGUGGAAUUUGAAUAAUAAUUGGUUAGUUUGCUAGUCAACAAGAUUGUCCUUCACACAAGUUGAUUGGUCCAUACCACUAGUAAUCAAAACUAUAACAAAAUUCUCAAAAGCAAUUGGUUAUCACCAGCCCGAUUUGAGCGCUAAUAGGACAGUGUAUGCGUCAUGCUUGUAAUUGGAUAGUGUAAUAGGACAGUUAAAGGGACAGUGAAUAUGUCAUGCCUGUGCAAGAGGACAGAACACGUCAUGUGUGCAGAAUGUUGUCUCACAUUUCGCCAAGUUAAUUGUUGUUUUGUUUUUUUUUUUUUAUGAAAAUAUACAACUGAUUUCUUAUUUCUCUCUCAAAUUUUGUCAUAGUUUUGAUUAAGUGGUAACAGGACUUGUGUCAUCCAAUUCUUUCUGUAAUUGUACAUGCAAUUAAUACAUCAGACUCAGGCUUCAUGGUUGUCUGAUUUUGUUAAUCACUCAUAUGGUUACAGACCUAAAUGGACUCCACUUAGUCCUAUUACCAUCAUUGAUAGCAUCUGGUUUCCACAACAAAGAGUGAUCAUGGGUGUUGCUACUCCCCUAAACAACAAAUUCUCUGUAAUAAAGGUGGAAGAAGGAAAAAUAAUUACCAGCCAGAGAAUAUAUACAGCUAUAUUUACUAAAUUCUCCAAGCUGAAAUUAUGAAAAAUGGCAAACAAUGUGGAGAAUUUAAUAGUAGAUCUAAGGAUAAAUACAAGUGACACCAUUUGGAAAUUUUACCAGAGCCUUAGUCUCUAGAGUCUAAAGCAUGUUAAGCUUCCACAUCUUCAGGUCCACCGGAUUAAUCAGGGAAUAUUUGAAUCAAAGUAAUAAAUAGAUGUAUUAUCAUUCAAAUAUCUUACAUAUCAUGCUUUUUUCUCAACAGGGAUUUCUUCAAACUGAACUAGUCAACCAGACCCUGGAUAAGCUAACAAGGAAAAUACAGGGAAUAACUGAGGACUUCAUGAAAACUCUUGAGAGUUUGGACUCCUUGGUUAGUAGCCAACAAUAUAAAUCCCAAGCAACUCUAUCAUUUUAGCCCUCAGAAGUGACGAGCAUGGUUGUUGCGGCAAUCAGUAACUAACAAUUUAAAAUCUAAACUUUUAAUCCAAAAUCCUACAUGAAGGCAUGUAGAAAACUUGCACUAAAUUAUGUAUGCAUUAAAUUAUGUGCAUGUAAAAAUUACAAGCUUCUGAUUGGCUGAAAACAAGUGUAUUCUCAUGUAACAUGGGUGCAAAGUUGUAACACAGGUGCAAAUUACGAAUAGCACCAUGUAGGCUUUCAAAAUUCCAUUUGUCUAGACUUUCAGUGAUGUUUUUCCAUGUUCAUUAUUGACAAGAAAUACCAUGAUGUCUCCUGCAAUUUUGUGUAAUAAGCACUGUCUUGUAAAUUUUUCAAAGAGUACAAAUUGUACUUGCCCUUCAGACCAGGGCAGUUUUUUUGUCUUUGAAAAAUUUACUAGUGCUUAUUAACACCAAAUUGCACCCAAAAUCAUUUUAUUACCUAACCUAAUGAAACAUUAUGUUUAAAAUUGAGAAAAAAAUGACCAAUACAUGUAUAUGGAACUUUUAACUCUGUGGCCUGGUAGCACCAUUCCACUUGAUGCCACCACCAGUCAUGCACCAAAACUUAGUUGCCCCUUAGGUGGAACCCAGGUGACAGUGGUACAAUACAGCCAGUUUUACUAACUAAAGGUCACUUUCAAAAAACUGACAUUGCCCAUUGCAGGAAAGGAACAAUAAAUGUCAUUUAACUUGUCUCAUACUUGCUUGCUCUGGCCCUACACAUGGUUUACCUCUACCAUUGACUAGAAUGAUAAGCAUCUAAUUUCUUCUUAAACAUCACCCUGUAUGACACAUUGAGGCCAUGAGAAUGAUAGAAAUGAUCACCCUGACUAAGAAGCUCUUGAUUUAGUUGGUGGUACUUUUUUUAAUUCUCUCAACCUUACUGUUUGAUUCAGGGGUGAUAUUGUAAGGAGAAAUUAAAUGCUAAUCACCCUUAGAGCUUAAAGGGUUAAUUUUGUUUUUUACUCUACCCAUGUGACACCAGAGGCACUGUGAAGGGAAGACUAUUCAGGGAUUAAAGUAUUGUUCACUAAUAAACUUUUUUCAUGUAACAUCGGGUAGGAUGAUAGAGCAGUUAUGCUAUGGACAGAAAUGACAAAUCAUUUUUAACCUCUUGAAAUGAUGAAUUGGGAUAAAUUAUCAACCCAUUUGAAGUGUUCCACUAUCAAUCAACUCAUCUGUGUGUAGCUUUUGAAGCUUUCUGAGAUUUGAAUUUUACUUUUGCUGUUAAAUCAGCUCAUAGAUUCCAGCCUGCAACAAGCCAAGGCAAAAAAGAAAUCUCUUGUUCAACGAAUUCAGGUAAGUCUGAAAACAACUUCAGUAUAACAUAACAUUUGAUAGCAAUUUUUUCCACUUUUGAGUUCACAAAUUUGAGUUAUUGCUUGCAAUGCAAUAUGUAAUAUUGUAUAAUGCAAUUUAUCAUACACUGAAUUUACUAUGGACAAUUUGAUUGGUUAGGAUCAUUCAAUUAAUAUUCAGUAGUAUGUGAAGCAGACAGGUAUUGCAUUUAUUAUGGCAAGUUCAAACUCUGCCCAGUUUCCAAUUAAGGGUGGAUUUCUUUGCCUUUAUAAUGUUCUCUUUCAGGUCUUAUUGGACAAGAGUGAUGGAAUAUCAAGCAGGAUAGAAUCUCUUAAGAAGAAGCCUUAGACAGAAAAUAGGAGAAAUAAUUUUAGUUUGUGUCAUUCUCAUGGUCAGUGAAAAUGAGAGAAGGAGACUGUGUGCAAAGAACAGCAUGGGCUGGGGCAGUUUCCCUGACAACCCCAACAGCUGUUUGUAGCUUACCAGCUCUCUUACUCACCUUCACUACCAAAGGGCCUGUUACAGAAAUUAUUUAAUAAGAUAGUAAAUAUUUCUAAGAUUGUCUGUAUUUAUACCAUUAUUAUCAUCAAGAGAAAUGCAUUUCUAUCAUCUGUUUGUACAAGUAGAUAAAGGGGGUGAGUUUCUAAAGAAACUGUGGUGCUACAUCUGUGGAAGAGUAAAACAGGG